AUGACGUAACACGCAAGCGGCUGGCGGAGCGUGGGCAGGAUACGCAGCAGUCCCUGAUGUCAAGCCAUCUAUAAAACGCGAGAACUCCACUGGAAGUCAGAUGAAAGGAUAUUUUCACUACUUGAAAAAUAGAAAUUAACAACGUCAUCACUCAAAAUAACACGUCCUGUAAGUGUAAAGUUUGUAAAAUUGCUCUUUAAAGGAAAAUUUAAGCGACAAGAGGACUUGUGGAAAGAUAGUAGCGCGAUUCAUUGUUUAUUUUGAAAGUUUAAACCGGAACUGCUUUAUCUCUGAUACCGCGAGUUUUACUUUAACAUAGAGCACAACGAGCACACGGCGACUGUUGAAAGAAAACGGUGGAAGCUCGUUUAAGAACCGGCUCAGUUAACGUCUGGAGCUCAACAUGACACCAUACUUAUGUCGACACUGAGUCCGAAACAACCGUGUUUACGCUCCAAGCGGCAAUAGUUGACGACCACGCCCCGCAGACAUCUAGUGGAGCCCGGAGAAAAACUGCCGGCGGAGGCGCAGCAGUGAGCGGUCUGAAAGCCAGCAGGUCGGCUAGCGGGCUCACAGCGGAGAGGAAGCGGGAGCGGCGGCCGUUCAGGGAAACAUGAGGGAGUACAAAGUAGUGGUUCUCGGCUCCGGAGGGGUGGGGAAAUCCGCCCUGACCGUCCAGUUCGUGACAGGGUCCUUCAUAGAGAAGUACGACCCCACGAUAGAGGAUUUUUACAGGAAGGAGAUCGAGGUGGACUCUUCUCCGUCCGUUCUGGAAAUUCUGGACACAGCAGGGACCGAGCAGUUCGCCUCCAUGCGGGACCUAUAUAUCAAAAACGGGCAGGGUUUCAUCCUGGUCUACAGCCUUGUGAACCAGCAGAGCUUCCAGGACAUCAAGCCCAUGAGGGACCAGAUAAUCAGGGUGAAAAGGUACGAGCGGGUGCCCAUGAUCCUGGUGGGAAACAAAGUGGACCUGGAGGGGGAGAGAGAGGUGUCGUCCGGUGAGGGGAAGGCACUGGCGGACGACUGGAGCUGCCCGUUCAUGGAAACUUCAGCCAAAAAUAAAAGCUCUGUGGACGAACUGUUUGCUGAGAUCGUCCGGCAGAUGAACUUUGCCCCUGCACCAAAUGGCGACGAUCAGUGCUGCUCGUCCUGUGUCAUUCUUUAAGGAAAAGGACAAACCUUCAAGUGUUAUUCUCUGCUCGGUUUUGAGUUUGCAUUGUGUGUUGCAGCAAGUGUGUACUGUUGAGCUCUUCAUGUCUCGCUCUGGCCUUGGAGGAAAAUGAAGAGAGGAAUGCUGCAGGGGACAGGAGGAAGGGGGGGGGGUGUUGAGACAGAGGGAGGGGUCCACUCUUCAGGAAUUCUGCUGGGUUGGAAUAUCAGUGGUCUCUACUGAUGUCAACACAAUGUCAGAUCCAGGGUUUCUGCAGCGUCUCCCCACCAGUACCAGUAACUGCACCCCCAUCCUGAACUAAACCCAAAUGGAGAAGCUAUUUAGAUCAACACAUGCUCACAAACGGAUAUUUCUUCAUAAGAAGGAGAAGAGAGAGAGGGAGGGAGAGAGAGGAUACAGAGAGUAUAUUUUGUUUAAAAACACAGACACUUCACAGUGGCCCAGCUGAGGAUGAAGGUGACGUCUCUGCCUGGGCUCCUCUGGAACCACACUCCACAACAACACUCCAAACUCCUAUUUUUCUCCAAAGUCAAAAGUAACGGACCGAUGAACCUGCAGGAGGGGUAAACCUGACACGUGCCACUCUUUUUAUUUUCUUUCUUUUCCUUCAUUGCCUCUGGAGUGAGUGGACCUGAACUGAAGUGACGCGGGGUCGACGACCCGAUCGCCCGCAUGUCGAGUGCCUUUCCCAAACAAAACAGCUGUUCAGAUUUAGUGCCAAUCCACACCUAUCACCAAAUGGACUAUUUUUCAUUGUCGUCCACAAACUAGUGAACUGUUUGACCGGAGACUCUUCUAAUGGUGGAGGCUGACACAAUAAUAACGAUAGACUUUCUGUUGAUGGAAGAUGGUUUUUCUCUAUGUUUUAAGUCUGAGGUGUUCAUGUUUUUUAGCAGUGUGUGCUCGGUCUGGAGACGUGUCUUGAAACAAACAGGUACUGAAAGCCCACAGAUGUGACAGUACCAUCCAACACUUACUGGCCAGACCACCAGAACCAGAGGAGUUCUCUUUGUUCUGUUGAAGUUGUUGUUUUAACAGGAAAUGUGAUCAUGUACCGUUGACAAAUCUAACCUGAUUGUAAGUUUAUUCUCUGAGCAGCCUCUCAUUCUGUUCAAAAAGAAAAGACUUUUAAUACAAAUUCAUUUUUAAAAAAACAAACAAA